GCGUCAACACUACACCACGCACGUGCCGACCGCGCACGCGCAGAUACCAACACAUCUCGUGUCAUCAUCACAAACAUUUUAAAAAGAGAACCCUUCACGAAUUUUGAACAAUUUCCUUUUUUAUUUUAGUUCUUUUUUUGAACCAGUGUUGUGUCAGUGAAUGUGAACAGAUUGUUUUUUUUUUAUGUUAGAAAGUGUUCCUACCUGCCAGGAGUGUUUUUCUAUAGUCUACCGAUGGCGGCACGGUGACCGAAGAUGAGCGCACGCGCACUGGCGCUGUGGUGCGUGCUGGUGGUCGCGGUGAGCGCGCGCGCCGCCGCAUACACUGUCGACUGCAACCACGAGUACACUGACUGUGAUACUGAGCUCAGCAAAAUAACAGGUGAAGAAGAUGACGUGCGUAAGCCACCUGUACGAAAGAUCACAUCAGAAGAACCAAAACUUUUAACAACAAGCUCAACAACGUCCACAACUACCACAACAUCAACAACAGAAACAACAACGACAGAACAUAGAACAGAAACAGAAACAGAGGCAGAAGCGGAAGCGGAAACAGACCCAGAAACAGACCCAACACCCCUGUCAGAAGUUGGUGAAUCUAUUAUGCCGCCACAAGAAGGAGCCAAGACUAGGGCUAGACUUCUUAACUUAAACGUAGAUGAACUACAAAAUUUCGCCAUAGCACUACACAAUGAGACGAACGCAAAAGGUCACAAGAAACAUUUAUCAGAUUUAAGUGACGUCAAUUUAGACGUGGAUGAUGACGAUGAGCCCAGAAUGAUACCUAUAGAUCAGAAACAAAAAGAUAUACCUGAAAAGUUCUACACUAAUCUACAGGCUCCAUUCCAUCCACUGAUGACGGCUGAAAGAGGCUCAGAGGAAAUGGAUACGUGUAAAGAAAACGAGAUUACAUACAAGAUCGGAGAGCGUAUGGACAGGGGCUGUGAAGAGACUUGCGAGUGCAUCGCUGGCGGUAUAUUCGACUGUUCGCCUCGCUGCAAGCAUCCCUACAUUCGUCGAGGCAGAAGACUCAACGAUCCUCUGUGCUUCGAGUCGCCUGUUGACGAGUGCUGCUCUAUUAUAGCCUGUGCUACUGGUAGUGGUGAUAAUUCACAAAAGGUGGUCAAGCCGGAAGUGUGCCGAUACGGAAAUGAUACGCAUCCCGUCGGAUCCCAAUGGAAUAUGGGAUGUGAGCAGACUUGCAUUUGUGAACCUAACUCUAUCGUGACGUGUAAACCCAGAUGCAACCCCCUCCCGGUAUCCGACAAAUGCAUCAACGUGCAGGAUCCAAAUGACGCGUGCUGUGAAGUGCAAGUCUGUGAUGUGAGCCACGAUGUCCACGAGGAACCAGAGAACUCCACCACAUCCACUACUUCCACUACUGAGGUAGAAGUUACAAUCAAAGGCUUCGAAGAUUACGAAGAACAGUUGGAACAUAUUCAAACCAGACCCCUUGUCCUGGCCGAACCAAUAGGCUCAGUAAAAGUUCUCCAAAAUAACUCUGUCCAAGUCAACUUGAUGCAUUUGAAUGAAAGUGAAGACCCUAUCCAUCUACUCCUAAGCAAUGAUGGAGGAAAGUCCUUCAGUGAUGUAGAAUUAAAGUACUCCAAUUUAAUUCUCAACUUAGAAGGAGGAAAGGACUAUAUCCUGAAGACUAAGGAGACUGGAACUAAGUUUAACUUCACUAUAACGGCUUCUGAUAAUGGAGGAGCAAAUGAGGUGCCUACUCACGUGCCUGACGUACCGAGUGAGGUACCUAAUGAGGUACCGAAUGAGGAUAUUCGGGAUAAUGUGUCGAAGAUCGGAUGCGUACAUGAAGGACAGUUUUAUGAAAUUGGCGACGAGUUCCACAUCGGGUGCACAGAGCUCUGUGAGUGCGUGGGGCCUGACCAACACGAGUGUGCGGCCCUAGUGUGUCCCUCACACGUAGGCCUAGAACUCGUGUCCAAAGGCUGUGUGAGAUGGGCCCCGUCACCUCCUGCCACGCCGCCCAACUGCUGUCCCAGGUCUGCCAGAUGUCUCAGCGAUGGGACCUGCCAUUACAAAGGAGUUGCAGUGCCAAAUUGGAGUGAAGUACCUAUAAGCCUAACUGGUUGUGAACAACGCUGUUUCUGCGAGAACGGAGAUCUGGACUGUCAAGAUGUCUGCUCCCCCCUCCCCGCCGUGCCCCCUCAGACGUUGCGGUGCCCUCCCGGCCAUCGGCCAGCGGCAGUCAAUAUAUCUGAUGAAGACUGCUGUAAGCAGUGGGGUUGUGUGACUCAUGCAGGUGUAAUGACAACAGAUGGGCCACAUCAGCAGUCAUUUUUGCCUACCAUACCUCCGGACACCCACUAUCCUCCGGAUGAGAGCAUUCCGGACUAUGAUCAGAAUAAUAUCCAUCGGCCAAUAAGCCCUGCAGAGCCAGCAUUGCACGGUCUACCACCUGGGCUGACUCUACCGCCAGGGUAUGGAGACUUGAAUAAGAAGCUGACCGUGAUAUCCAUGCAAGCCGAUUCACCGACCAGUGUAAAGAUGCUGUUUGGAUUGCCACCUGUGCUGGUUGGGUUGAGAGGCAGCGUGGAUCUUAGAUAUACUGAUAAGGCUGAUGAGGACAUAACGAACUGGUUCUCGCAAGUGUUCGCGCCGGCUGACGAGGUGCUGACCACUCCUCGGCUGGAGUUCACACUGACUGGUCUCACUCCAGCCACUACGUACAAGAUCAGAGGAAAAUUGUACUUGCACAAUCUACCUGUUGAGCCCGAGAGUGAGAUCUACACUGUGAGGACGCUGGAUUCUCCUACGACCCCAACCGUAGAAGAAAAGAGACGAGAGAUAGACAGCCGACUGACAGUCGUGGAUGUCAACGAUACAACAGCACACGUUUCUUGGAGACGAUUCCUUGACGAUGAGCUGCAGUUCAUAGAUGCUAUACAAGUCAGAUACCGUCCAGUCGGUACUCCGAUCUACAGCAUGACAGAACUGCUUCACCACAGCCGGUCUACUGCAGAGCUCAUAGACCUAAGACCUGGAAGCCGCUACGAAGCUUCUCUAGUUCUGGUGCCUCCGCCUAAAGCUACUACUGAGCUGACUGACCCUGGGAAAGUGGAGUUCACUACUGCUCCUUAUGUUGACCCCUACAACUGGACGGUGACAAUCUCCGCGCGGUCGGUGGGGUCUGGCGCGGCGGAGGUGUCGUGGCGCGGCGUGCCGGCGCCGGCGGAGCGCUGGGCGCGCGUGUUCCGCGCGGCGCACGCGUGCGGAGGCGCGAAGGAGCACGACGCAUUCAGUUUAGCUGCGAGGGAUCUGUCGCCUGUGUUGAUGUUGACGGGGUUGCAGCCUAAUUCUAAGUGCCGUAUCUGGUUAGAAAUAUUCCUGACAAACGGAAAAGUCAAGACCAGCAACGUAUUAGAAAUUACCACAAAAUCUGAGGAUGCUCCUGAAACAGUCGACAAUGAGGUAGAAGCGUCUUCAGUAGCGGGUCGUCACCGCGGCGACUACUACGGCGCACUAGUGGGAGUGGGAGCGGUCGCCGCUCUGGGCGCUCUGACGUCACUGCUCCUACUGCUCGUAGUGCUCAGGAGGCAUCGACCCAGAUCCGUGCCUAUUACUACAGUGCCAUCUGCCCCGAGAGAGUCAUCUCUCCCGCCGUACGACAACCCGGCGUACAAACUAGAGUUACAGCAGGAAACCAUGGAUCUCUGACAGUUAAGUUCCCGUGGGCACUCUAACGGGCUCAACGGGAUCUCGGAACGCGCCGUCGAUGUUGACAUGAACGGCCGGCCAUACAACGAGAUGGGUGUAUGAGCCCAUACAUACAAACAAAAACUGUAAAACCAAAACGUUUUUCAUACUCAACCAAUAGCAAAGACAAUAAAAAAAAACGAGAAUAACUGUCAUUGAAAAUGACCAUAAUAUUUGUAUGGUGAAUAAGUCUUGAGUGAGUGACUGUACCAAAAGAAACUUUGAAGUUUGUGAAGUGAAGUGAAGACAAAAUGUUAGUGUAUUUUGUUUAUUAUUUAAAUAUAGUUUCGUCAUACAUAAGUUAUGUCUACCAUGCAUUAGUCGUCAAAAUAUAUCUUUUAGAUAAAAAAGAUAUAUUGCGAGAUUAGUAGAAAAAUGUAUGGAAUUUAAGACAAAAUACUGUAAAGUUAAAGACAAAAAUGUAUGAUAUACCUACAGCGUAAAGUUUCCUAACAUUAAAAUGCAUUAGGUUAGUAAAACAUAAUAAAUAGAUUUAAAUAUAAUCCGUCUUACCACAAAAACUUUUAAACGUCAGUUUAUGCCUUGUCUAAAAAAAUGUCAAAUUAUGACGUUGACAUAUGGUUCAUUUUGCAGCCAAAAUUUUAUUAGACAAGUGUAAAACAGGGUUUAAAGUUUUUGUAGUAAGGCCCAAUAUGUAAAAAUAAAUACCUAAUGUGAUAUCCAGUAAAAAAGUAAGCUGUCACUUUUCUGUUUGAUUUCAAAAUAAGUACCUAAUUUGUUUUUUUUUUUGCAUGAAAUUUCAUUAUAAUGUUGAAAAAAAAUCAUUUUCCAUUUUCAAUAAAACAUGAUAUCAAAUGUAUGCUAUGUAUAAAGCUAGUGCUUGGAUUUAUUAUAUUCAGAUUUCUUGAACUAUAGUCAGAUUUUUGAAAAUUUAUGUUGCAAUUUAAAACUGUGUAUCAUACUUGAAAGUCUUGCUUUUACUUUAUUAAUUAAAAACUGUCAUUGUAAUAAUGCAUUAGAAUAGUAAAAAAAAACUUUGACGUUUCGUGCCUACGUACAGUCGAGUACAAAUGCCUUCACAUUUCAUAUAAAAAUUAUAUUCUAUUCAAAAAAAUAUUGUUAUUUCCUCAGUCCAUUCCAUGAUUGUAUAUAUUGUAAUAAAUAGUGUUAUACUUAACUCCAAUACACUUGUGUGUAGUUAUUGUAUGAUAAACAAACUGCCGAAACAUUUGUUAAUGAAAAUUAAAUUUUAAAACAUA